GCAUAAGAUAACCGGCAUCGUAAGAGCUGUUUACUGAAUAGAAGAACCCAUAGCUUUACGGUCACGUGGUGUGAAAGACGCUCAUCCCUUGUUAGCACGUGACUUUCCGUUCCGACUAAACAUGGCGGCGCCCUUGGAGCUAGUGCUUAGCGCUGACGCUGCAGGACAAGUUGCGAACUGCACGGUUUGGGAGCCGGUGACAGGCUCUGUGCUUCUGACUUAUAGAGGGGGUAAUACUUCACAUCGGGGAUUGGCUGUACUCGGCGGUCAGUACUUGCUGGGCGGACAGCUUGGAAAGAACUACAUCAAUGUGUGGGAACUGCAGAGAAGGGACCAGCUGCAGCAGAAGAUUGUAUGCCCAGGUCCUGUUAACUGCUUGUCUGCUUCUCCCAAUGGACUUUACCUAGUGGCUGGCAUUGCAGAAAGUAUUUACCUUUGGGAGGUCUCCACUGGACACCUCCUUGCUAUACUAAACAGUCAUUACCAAGAUGUCACGUGCUUGACUUUCACAGAUGACAGCAGUCAUAUCAUAUCUGGAGCCAAGGACAGCUUAGUUCUGGUGUGGGGUCUUUACAGUGUUUUGCAGGUGGAGACUUCCCGAGGGCCUGAACCUCGCUAUGUAUGGUCUCGUCACAGCUUACCUAUCACAGAUGUGCAAUGUGGUAUCGGAGGUCCACAGGCCCGAGUAGCCACAUCUUCUCUAGAUCAGACGAUCAAGCUGUGGGACAUUUGUUCAGGUGACCUUCUGGUCUCUGUCCUCUUUGAUGUUCGGAUCACGUCGGUGGCAUUUGAUCCGGCUGAAUAUCAUCUGUUCUGUGGGGGCAGCGAUGGCGUUAUAUACCAAGUUGACCUUUACACUACGCCAGAGCAGAGAGAACGGCCAUUCCAUCCCGAGCAGGAGAUGGUGUUUAAAGGACACAGGAACCAGGUUACAUGCUUGUCCGUGUCUCUGGAUGGGAGCAUGCUGAUCUCUGGCUCUCAUGAUGAAACUGUCUGUGUUUGGGACAUUCAAAGCAAGCAGAGUCUGCGUUCUGUCCCCCAUAGAGGGCCUGUGACAAAUGUAUUUAUAAUAGCUGCUCCAAGUAACAUGUUGCGAGCAGAAAGUAAGCCAAGCUUCCCUCUACCACACUUCAGCAAACACCUGCAGGGGGCUGAGGGGUGUGAGGGUCCAGAGAGCGGGGGGGUGAUCCUGCGACUUGGGAAGCAGCAGGGAUCUAAGGAGAACACAUACCUGCAGAGAGCAGAUCAGUUGCAGUCCCUCCUUGGUGAAAGUGAGGGCAAGAACCUUUCAGGACUAGUUGAACAGCUUCGCUCUAGAACCUCAGAGCUGGAAGAGGAACUUAAUGUGGCUCAGGAGUGCAACUUGCUGACCAAGAGGCCCAAGGGAAAAUGCAAUCCUCAUAUUAAAGAACCUCAGAGAUUGAAGGGCUGCGGAUCCAAGAACUUUCUGUCACAACCAGUGGCCAGAUCAUACUGACACUACUACCAGGAUGCCAUAAACAGAGUCUCAAGAGCCACCGAUCUUAGUGUUUGGAGUAGAGAACUUGGAGAAGGCUGGGAGUUACAUAAAAUAGCUUUUAUCCAGCAGAAGAAAAAAAGACAGGCACAGGAAGGGUUAACAAAUGAUGGGCACUGGCACAUGAAGUCCAAGGCUAACCACAGCAACAGUGAAUAAAGCACAAGUUCAAUGUACAGUUAAUGCACUGUAGGACUGGCUAAACAGGCAAUGGUUAAUAUAGGAACAGAGUAAAUAAUCACCUGCCAUGGGCAGAGUGACCAGUAGGGCGUGGUACUGGCAAUGAAGGUUGGCUAUACAUCUUAUAUUUAUCUGCUAUUAGGUGGUGUGCCUUCAUCAUCACACAUUCCCAUUUUCUUGGAACAGUGAUGAUCCAGACAUCACUGAGCUCUUGUGGCUCAAUUACGUCAAGUGCCCGGGUCAGAAGAGUGCACCCUGACACUUUCAAGCAAGAGGAUUGUGUCAUGAGAAAUGGAAACUUAAUACCCAAAUGCUCAGUUUAGAUUGUGAAGAUGUAUGGUCUGGCUCAAAUAGACUUAAUGUAAUUUAAAGGUUAAAAAUGCUCCCUGAAAGGAAAGUAUCCGGCAGCAGAAAUGGGAGGUUCCUUUGGUGGUGGACGGGACGUCACAAGCAGGUACCAUGACAUCACAUCAAAUGUGCCAAUGGGUGCUCACAGGUCCAGGGCAGCACUGGACCAAAAUAUUCUACUGGCCAUAAUUAAAGGGGUGGUUCACCCUUUCAAAAGUCUACCCUGUUCAGGCACGGAUUUGUGGAAAGGCCACCAAGACCUGGGCCUAGGGAGGCAGGAUUUUAGGGGGCGGCAUAAAGCCUAACAACACCCACAUUGGUUCAGAAACAUUGGCAAUGCGCAAAUCCCCAUUGCACUGGUCCCAAUGAUGAAAAUUUGCUUGAAUAAAGGGGAGGGGAUGAACGGCAGCGGGCCUUGGGGCGCCUGCUAUGUAAAUCCGGCCCUGAUCCUGUUGCUGUGCGUAUUGCAUUAAGCAUUUUAGAAACACAUUCUAAAAGUUAUUUCUAACUUACCCAGUUCGAAGGUAAAGUGAUCUGCUGGAAAACGGUCGAACAGUGCAGGUUUCCCCUAUUCUGCAAGUCUGACUUGUCCAAACUUGUUAAAUAGUGUGACUUUAAAGUUUUUUAAAUACAAUUGCAUAUAAAAAUCAUUUGAUUUAUACUGCAAUGGCAAUUUUAUAUGCUAACUAAAAUAUUUACGAGAAUACCUCAUUUGACAGGAAAAAAACUCGGUCAUAACUAAAAUUGCAAUGUUCCAAUCAUUUUUACAAAUUUGACGUGUUGAAAGAUGUUUUUUGACUAAACAUGCUGUGUUGAAAAUAAAUUUAAAUUCAGGAUAAUUUGAGUUGUUCACAGCAAUAUUUUUGGAACUAAUGUAUUCUUGGAUUAUAAUAGGCUCCUUAGUAUCCUGUGGACAGUAAAGUUCACCUUCUUUUUGUAUUUUUAUAAAAAAAAUAAGUAAUUUUAUUUUCUUACAGUAACAUUUAACUUUCAUUUUUGUAUUUAGAAGACUUUCUAUCCUGUCUGUCACCAAUUUGAAGUAAAAUAUGUAAUUCCCCAAGAAACCAGGUCCUCUUAUAUUAAUUUUCCAGUCUGCAAUUCAAACCACUGUUAGGGCAGUGAACCUUACACCCUGGAGAACAGCUGAGCAAAAUGAUUAAAUAAAAUGCAAGAAAUUAAUAAAUGAAAGUCAAUAGUAAUUUUCUGUUUGAGCCUCUGCCAGACAAUUUUUAAAAAACAAAGAUAUUGUGAAAUAGUAUAAAAAAAAUGUAAUUCAUCUUAUAACUGUCAAUUAUUUUUAUUAGAAGGUGAACAUUUUAUGUGAACGUCUCAUGGCUUUUGGCAUUCUCUAGGAUAAACCAUGGGGUAGGAUGCCGUUUUAAGAUAUAUCUAUAUAUUUCUGUUUAGAAUACAGGGUGGUUGCCCUCUUGUGCACAAAAAUGACCA